UGUCUUUCUGUCCCUGCUGUGUGUAUGUGGAGAUGAGUGCAUGGACACAGCGUGAUCCCAGCGAUUGAUGAUUACCCUGCUGUGUGUGUGAUCAGGUCGUGUUGUUGAGCUGGUGUCGAGACCUGAACCCGUCAUGGAGUCGGGAAAGCAGCUGACAGGCACUCUAGCCCUAGCAGUGUUUUCAGCAGUCUUGGGUUCUCUACAGUACGGAUACAGCCUGGGCGUCAUCAAUGCGCCACAGAAGGUGAUCGAGCAGCAUUAUGGGCGGUCCCUGGGGGUGCUCCCUGAGGAGCCUCUCCUCCUAUCAGAGAACGGUACAGGGACAGAGAAGCAGGAAGUGCAUCCCUCUGUGGUCAUGUAUUGGUCUCUGUCUGUGUCGAUCUUCUCCAUCGGGGGCGUGGUGUCGUCCUUCCUGGUGGGCUUCAUUGGAGACCUGAGAGGAAGGGUGAAGGGCAUGUUGAUGGUGAAUGUGUUAGCAGUAAUAGCAGGACUACUGAUGGUGAUGGCUAAGAUGUGGAAACCCCACGUCAUGGUCAUCGCUGGACGAUGUGUCAUGGGAUUCUACUGUGGUGCUAGGUCUAGAGUUCCUCCUGGGUAAUGACUACUACUGGCCGCUGCUGCUGGGUCUGUCUGGAGCUCCUGCUGUGCUACAGUCUCUACUGCUGCCACUGUGUCCUGAGAGUCCCAGAUACCUCUACAUCAAGAGAGGCAUGGUGGAGGAGGCCAAGAAGAGUCUGCGCCGUCUGAAGGGAGAGUAUGACCCAUCAGCUGACCUGGAGGAGAUGAGGAGGGAGAAGGAGGAGGUGGAGAAGGAGGUGCAAGUUUCUAUCGCCAUCCUGGUAUGUUCAAUAUCUAGUCUACUGAACAUCUGUCCUGUGGCUCUAGUGAGGGCCGGCAGACGGACGUUGACUCUGAUUGGUUUAGGUGGGAUGUGUAUCGUAGCCGUCGCCAUGAACAUCGGCCUCGUGUACCUGAGUGUCUACUCCUGGAUGUCCUAUGUCAGCAUGUCGGCCAUCUUCCUGUUUGUGUGUUUCUUUGAGAUCGGCCCUGGUCCCAUCCCUGGUUCAUCGUGGCUGGAGUUAUUCAGUCAGGGCCCAGGCCUGCUGCGAUGCUUGGCUGCACCAACAUGGACCAGCAACUUCAAUCAUAGCAUGACCUUCCCUUACAUAGAGGCUCUGUGUGGUAGCUAUGUGUUCAUCCUGUUUGCGGUGCUGUUGUUUGGUUUCACUGUGUUCACUUACCUGCGCGUUCCGGAGACCAAAGGGAAGACAUUUGAGGGAUACGCAGCUGGUUUAAAAAGGGAAGGAAACAGACACCCGGAACCAGAAAGACUGGAAACUGGUACUGCGGUACUGGUACCUCCAUCGAGCUGGAGCACGCUCAAAUCAGACUCCCACGGCCUGACAUGCUCACUAGUCCAUGGGGGCACAAGCUUUAGUUCACAGCCCUGCACUAACAUAUCUGAUUAG